AUGGUCAAUAGUGUCUCCAGCGCCACGGCGCCUGUCGGCGGCACAGCCACAGAUCUACCUGCGCGGUACCUAAAGGGGGGAAAAUUUGUAAAGAUUACCUUCCCCAAUGGUACCCAGAAAACCGUCCCGACCAUCGAAAAAACCGAGAACAUCAAGAAGUGCAAGGGGUUAGAAGGGUACAUGGAUUUUGGCGUUGGAAAGACAUUCCCCCAUGGGAUGUGGUUAGAUAUCAAGGCCAAAUUUCGAAACGACUUGGCAAGUAUGCUCGGGAAUGUUGGAGUUACCUGGGAGCUAGUCCCUUACAACGUUCGGGCUGCCGUCCUUGUCUCUACUAAGGCCGCAUACCCGGUCCUCUACCGCUUCCCAGAGGACUGGGCUGGGAAAGCCUUGAUGAAGACCAUAUGCAAAAACAAGCGUGACACCAAGGCGAAUAAGCAAGGGCGGCUACGCGGAGGAAGAAUGCCAAUACAAACGCCCCUCUCCAAAGCGCCGAGGAAGAUCCCGCCGAAGAAGAGCCCGCCGAAGAAGAGCCCGUCGAGGAAGAGCCCGUCGAAGAAGAGCCCGUCGAGGAAGAGCCCGUCGAAGAAGAGCCCGUCGAGGAAGAGCCCGCCGAAGAAGAGCCCGCCGAAGAGAGCCCGUCGAGGAGGACCCCACGAGGAUGAUGUCGGAGUGCGGGUGAGCUCAACGAGGACCGCAGAUCUAGGAAAGAAGCGCUGCCGUAUUGAGGAUUCCGAUAGCGAGGAUGAACCAGAGGUCAAGCGAUCUCCCUCUGCUCGCGCAUCCAAAUCUUCCUCUUGCACGCAUAAGCCUGCUGCGUCCAAUACUCCCGCGACCAAGGCCAAGACCCCCACUGCUGCCGCCAUUGCCAAGUCCGCCAAAUCCUUGCCCAUAUCGAAGCCAUCCCCGCCUCCAAAGGUGCCUCCGGCUACUGUGAAAAAGGCAGGCAUCGGUAAGACUACCAAUCGAACGGCACCGAUCACCAAGUCCACCAAUACAGGUGCAUCGCCAAGUCUCAAGAGGAAGGCUCAACCUGAACCUGGCCCCGGUGUGGAAUCCAACCUUGAAACCGCAACCAAACCAGCAAAACCCCCGCCGACCAAGCGCCAAAAGGGCAGCGUACAUACCAAAGGGAAAGUGUCCGGGCGCUCAAACUCUUGGGCGCAGAACUGCCAAGACGAAGUCUCGCAGCUGGAGAGUGCGAUCACGGCGGCUUUGAAUACUGCCGUUGCUCCUGUCUCCGAGCCAUCUGACUCAGUGCCGAAGCCCCGCAUUCGUCCGAAGCCCCGCCCACCACCACAAGAUUUGUCGGCUACGACUUCACACGCAGCCAAGUCGGAAAUGGUUAACGAAUUCGAUUUGAGCAAGACCGUUCCGAUGAAAACGCGAGCCGCGGCCAAAAAGAAAUAA